UUCACUAAGUUGUUCCUCUCUUCCUCCUAUCACAGAGGAGGCGAGGAUGGAUAAAACUUUGUAAUGAGACGCACCCGUCGUUUCAACUUUCACCGCUGGUGACGUCUGAUUGCCCACGGAGAACGGCGCACUUCCGCCUUCGUCGUUGGUUACCAUAGUAACCGUUUGUUUUGGCUUCAUUUAAGUGUGUCCGAGGCGGAGCAGGCAGAGAUAUCUGGAGGAUUUAUCCUUUUAUAAAGCGCUCAAAGCGGCUCACGCAAGCAGGGAGGGAAAGUUGACCGAAGAGAGACAGCAAGUUGAAUUAGCAGACGCCCUCGCCGAGGUCUUCUGCUCACCAAGUUUUUGCGUCUUCAUUUGAAAUGGGAGGAGAGACGACUGACGAGGAAGGAGACGGAGCAAAUACAUAGAAACAGGACCAGCAGGAACCAUGUCGGCCCAACACAGCAGCAUCUAUCAGGGAGUGGGACUAACCGUGAGAACCAUGGAGACCAUGAGGAACCACAGUGAGCUGUUCAGGGCUCAGUGCUCCCAGAUGAUCCAGGACACGGACCGAGCGUGUCUACGUCUGCAGAGCGAGGACGCCAAGAGGCUGGACCAGCGGCUCAGAGACAUCCAGUUUGUCCAGAAGGAGCUGGAGCUCAGACUGGAGGAGAUCCUGGUGGGGAUCCAAGACCUCCAAGACCUGCAGAGCAGAGUGGCCAAAGCCCUGCAGGCCAGCAAAGAGCUGCUGAGCAUCACUAUCCUGUGUCUGCAGGAGAGGAUGAAGCGCGUCCCAUCUGAGCGGCGUCAUGACGACGUGGACCGAGAGCUGAUGAAGGAGAGAGAGAUCAUUGAAGGAGUGGAGGCCGUCCUUCAGCGCGUGUCUGAGCAGAUCAAUGAGCAGAUCCGAUUAAACCGCUCAGCCCAGUACCACCUGGAGCACGACCUGAAGGAGAAGUUCACCGCUCGCACCAUCGACCAGUCCUGUGCCGAAAUGACCGCCCAUUCCUUUGAGCAGCCUCAGGACACCAAAAUCCCACCAGCCACCAUGACAGGUUUGUUGGUGACUCCGGAGCAGUGGGAGAAUAUUUCUGAUGUCCACAUGGUCCAGGCUGAGCAGCAGAAGACUAACUCGCUGUCCCUCCACGCCCUGGUGGACUCACUCCUGGAUCAAACAGCGGCCGACAUGCAGAAGCAGCUCCACGCUACAACCACGGCCUUCCAGCUGAACAUCCAGGACCUCAGAUCAGCCAAAAUCCAGAUGGAGGAUCAGCUGGCAAAGGUCCUGUCUGAGCUCAUCUCCCAGAAGAGAAUCCAGGAGGAUCUUCAGGUGGCCAUCACUGACAGCGAGCGUUGUUCAGGUCUUGCCAAAGCCCGGCUGGAUCUUCGCCGCCAGCGGCCGGGCAAAGAGCAAUGCUUCGACCCGGCACAGGCCCAGCUCCUCUCUGAGGUCCAGCGGCUCUUUGCUAACAAUAACAAGCUCCGUGAGGCUGUGGCCCGCUCAGAGGAUGAGCGCAGAGCCAUGAUUUGCUGCCAGCUGGAGCUGCAGGAAGGCAUCGAGCACAAGGCAGACUCUCUGUACAUUGACGAGGUCGUCUGCACCCAGUACAGGAAGUCCAUGACCUCGCGCAACUUUUAACGCUCUCAUGAACAAAUGCAUAGAUCUGCGUCAGCAUGUCAGAUGUGUUAGUCUGUUUAAGACACGUUACCUGCUCUCACACUUUACCUGUGCUUUUACCUGUGCUCUCACUUUACCUGUGCUCUCACUUUACCUGUGCUCUCCUCUGUUUGUUUGGCUCUGACUGCUGGAUGAAUUCACAGAUCUGUUUAUGAAAGAACAAAAAUGAAACCUUUGUAUGAGCAGCAGCAGAAACACACACAAGUCCUAAAACCAGAGAGGGGAUCAUAUUUUUUAAAUAUGAUUCUGGUUUAAUGGAACAACACAGAUUUCCCACUGGUUGUCAGUUUAAUAAAGUUCAAUUCAAACUCAA